AUGCUAUUCAUCAUUUCGGCUCUGGCUUUACUUAUCGUCGUCCUGCGAGCCAUCGGAGGGGUCUCGACGGCGCAGUUCGAAGUUGAUGACUGGCUGCUGCUCUCCCUGAUUGAGAUACUCAUGAGUUACUUGUUCAUCAAGACAAACUUCAUCGGCAUUAGGCUGCAACUCAUCCCGGAUCAUGACACCAAUCCCGGCCGUACAUGGAACUACGGCAUCCAGGCUCUUUACGAUACGAACCUGGCUCUGUUUAAAGCGACGAUUCUAGUGUUUCUACUCAAGCUCUAUGGCCAGAAAGAUUCCAGCAGCCGGUGCAUCUACUCUCACAUCCGUCAACGUGGCGCAGGCCAUCGGAGUAUUGCCUACGAAUCCCGGGUAAGACCAAGGCAGCGCUGCUGGUUUGUCUUCCUACUAGGCUUCCUGGUCACCAUCACGUCGGUCGUGCACCUAACUGUGCUCUUGCAGGACCUAUUUGGACUGCCUGGAUUCGAGGGCCGCGUGGGCCUAGGGUUUGUCACGCCCGCCAUCGAGAUUUACCUUACCCUCAUCACGGCGUCGGCGCCUGCCCUAAGGCCCCUGUUUCAUGGCAAGAGCUGGCACCAGUUGCCCGAUGUAGAUACAAGGAUGGCCGAUGACAAAGGCGGCACGAGAGGUGGCAGCAGACGCGGUAGUAGAAAGGCAAAGGCCGAUUCAGUCACGGGACAUCCGGAUGAUCCGGCUCAACGACACAACGAACCAAGCUUGGUAUGGGACAAUGAGACGGAGCUGCGAAGACGCAGCCCGAGGAGAAGCAGGCAGAAGACUAUGACGUCGAGUAACGGUACCAUAAGGCUCAGUGACGUUCAGCGCGAGAUCGACGUGCUGGUCAUGGAUCUGAUCGUCGGGCCGGGCGGUUCAUAUUUGCUGAAGAGGCCGACGGGUUACGAGGAGCGGGAGAGCGAACAGCAACAGUUCCGAGGCGAGAUGGAACAGCUGGAGCGCGAAGUGAGAUGUCGGCAACAAGCGGCAGCUCCCCGACAACCUCCGUCCGGGGCUAACUUUAGCUCUUACGCAGCAGGAGUAGUCAGAGCUGUUAGCAGCCAGGCUGGGCCGAGAAUUAGUCCACGGCCUAGAACUAGGGACAGGGACUUUAGCGAGGAGCCCAAGUCAAAGUACGGCGAUAAGAGAAACGGCGUCAUAACGCCAAGGGAGCCAUCAGCGCCAGCCUGGCCAUUUUGA